AUGGGCGUUGAUUUAGUUGGUGGCAAUGUUGGCGUCGACGAGAUGGUGGCCGAUCCUCUCGAUUCCAAUAGCAUACUGUUUGAAGAUAUCACUGGUAACAACUCAUUGUUGAAUUCGAAUUCAAUAUACCCGUUUGGCGACGAUCAAGACCCGACUGACUCUGUUGACCAACACUCUUUUCAUCACCAUCAUCAUCACGAUCAUCACGAUCACGAUCAUCACAUUCACGAUCACGUUCUCAAUCAUCACGAUCACACACUUAGUCAGCCAUAUACAAAAUCAUAUGGAAAUGAUAAUAAUAAUACUGAACAGAUUCAACAACAACAACAACAACAACAACAACAACAACAAUUUCAUAGUCAUCAACAAACAUUGUUAUCAUCUCCACAACAAGUUCAGCUCGCUCAUAGUCCUUUGACAAAGUCAAUGUACACUGAGAAUAGUUAUAUACAACCACAACCACAACCACAACAACAAGUGCAAGUUCAACCACAACAAGUACAAACAUCACCUAUACAGCAGCAACAACAAUUAAUAACACAAUCAAUAAUAUCUCCACAGCAAGUACAAACAUCACCUAUACAGGAGCAAGUUCAAGUUCAAUCACAACAAGUACAACCAACAGUGAUUCCUCAGCAAAAGCAGCAUGAGAAUUUAGGAUAUUUGAGUGUCAGUAGUCCUUCACAAACACAGGUACAACAAGUUCAAGUUCAACCACAACAAGUACAACCAACAGUGAUUCAUCAGCAACAAAUAUUACAAAAUCAAAUACAUCAACAUCAACAACAACUACAUCAAAACUAUCAGGUCAAUAGCAAUGGUGUCAUAACUAACAACAAUCAUAAUAAUAAUAAUAAUAAUAAUAGUAAUAUAGAUAAUAAUAAUAAUAAUAGCAACAAUAAUAAUAAUAAUAGUAUAGUAGUUAAUAAUAGUAAUAAUAAUAGUCUUAUAAAUAGUAAUAGCAAUAAUAAUAAUAUAGCAAUCGAUAAUAGUAAUAGUAAUAUAAUAUACCAACAACAGCAACAACCACCACCACAAACCACAAUCACCACCAACGCUAUUACCGACCAAUAUAAAUCGAUUCAAUACAAAUAUGUCUGUCUUUACAAACUAUUCCAACAAUCUGUAUCUCAGUUUUUAAUAUAUAACAACAACAACAUUCAAACAAUAAUUACAACAACUCCACAACCAAUAACUCCAAAUCAUAUUCGACUUGAUUCAUCAUCAGGUUCAUUAAGUUAUCAACAACAACAAAUACAACAACAAGUUCAGCAACAACAACAAGCUCAACAACAACAACAAUCUCAACAACAGCUAUACCCACAACAACAGGCACAACAACAAGUUCAGCAACAACAACAAUUGUAUAGCAAUGGUCAACAGCUACAACAACAACAAGGUAGUUUAUUACAGCAGCUUCAACAGCAUAUAAAAACAGUGGAAGCAUCUUUUCCUUUAUCAGCGAGUACCGAUGAUAUUUUAGGUGUAGAAGAGAGUUUGAAUCAUUCUACUAGUAGCAGUGAUAAUAAUAGUAAUGAAAUUAAUAGUAGUAUAAGUAAUAGUAGCACACAGGUAGAUGAUAGCAUCACAACAACUACAACACCAACUAUUUCAUCACCAGAUUCAAAGUCAACAAAAGGAAAAUCAUUAGAUGAAUCAAAUACAAGUUCAACACCUACACCUAUAUUAACACCAUCGUCGACACCAGAAAAGAAACAGCCAGCAUCUAAAAAGAAAGAAAAAGAAAAGGAAAAGGAGAAGGAGAAAGAAAAAGAGAAAGAGAAAGAAAAAGAUGAUAAAAAGUCAAAGGAAGUAGAGAAGGAUAAACCUAUUGCGAAAUCAAAACUGAAAGAAAAGGAUAAUGCUAAUGAAAAAGAUCAUCAUGAUAAGGAAAAAGAGAAGGAAAAAGAAAAAGAAAGACCAAAACCACCAAUCAAACCGAUUGUUCCUGUACAACCAGUGGUAGAGAUUAGAGAUGAAGAUAAACCAACACUAGAGCAAUAUCUAUUUAUACAUCCAAAGAAACCAAAGGAAUCUACAUCGACAACGACCACAACAACAACCACCACGACAACAGCAACCGGAAAGAAGAUCACUUGGAAAGAUGAUAAGGGUGGUCUAUCGGUUGUCGACAGAGUACCACUGUUCAUACAAGAGUUUGAAGCAUGCAAGACAUGGGCUGCACUAAGAGAAUUCCUACAGGUACUCGAAAGCAGAAUCAGUAAUAGUUGCAAGAAACGUUUUCUUGAAGAGGGUGGAAUUAAUCAACUUCAUACCUGUUUGAAAUAUGCCAAUGAAACUAUUACCAUUCCAAGAGAUAUUAUAUUCAUUAUGAAGGCUUUAAUUGGAUUACCUGCUACUUUGGAACACUUACAAGCAGGAGGAACCAUCGGUAAGACUGUGCGUGGAUUCAAAAAGCAUUCGAAUGAAAAGGUUAAGGAGUUGGCAUCAGAGUUGGAAAGAAUUUGGUUGAAUCUAUUGAAGAAGGAUACAAAAGCAUCGACAAGCAGUGAUGAAGAUACAAAGAAGAGAAAUAGAGAUACAAAUGAUAAAGAAAAAGUUCUAAAGAAAACAAAGAAUGAGUCAAAUAGUUUGAUACCACCGACAGCUGCUGCAAAAUCAAAGACAAACUCGAGUCCGUCCACCUCCAGUUCAAAGGUGAAUCUAAAGGACUAUGAAGAUAUGUUUAUGAAUAAGGUAAAAGCUGCAACAAAACCAACUACCUCUACAAUUCCAAUGCCAAGUGUUGUCGUAGCCACCAAGAAGAAACCAGCGGCUGCCGCACUCAAGAUUGAAGGAACUCGAAAGGUUGCUGCCGCUGCUUCCACUCUGAACAAUAGCAAUAAGACUGGUGCUAAUAACAACAACAGCGCUGAAAAGACAAUCACUAUCAACAACAACAGCAAUAGUUCAGUGUCGGUUCUAGAUAUGAGUUAUGCAACCAGUUCAGAAGCGAAAGUUCUCAGUGCUUGGGACGAGUUGCCACCUGAGAACGACAUGGAGUUCAUUCCGGAUCCAAAUCGUCGUAAGUCGUCAAAGGGAAGAGUCAAUGUACGUUGGGCACCCGAUGACAAGCUACUACAGGUGAAAGAGUUCACCACUGAGCUUCCGGAAGAGGGAUAUCACGGCAAGGAUUUCGAGCAGGCCAGAGCAGCAGAACACGAGCGUGAAAAGCUCUUCAAUCGCAAGAUGCGUACAACUGUUGAGUGGCGCACACCCGAGAUAAUAGAAGAUGAACUUCCAAGCUAUAGACCCGGUGACGAAUCCACUGAGAAGACCACACAGGUAGAGCGUGAGAACUAUGCACUGGUCGAAGUGUACUUGGACUCCAAUAUUCCCGAUACACCAAAGGAGCCAGACACCAUUGAAGAAUACGACGAAUCCACAGUUCCAGACUAUACAUUUGACACACCUCCACUUCAGAAUAAUACAGGUACCUCUAAUAGUGAUAUCGACCAAUCUAAUAAUUCACAACAGCAAGAUCAACAACAACAACAAACUAGAAUGAAUAAUGGAUUUGAUUCAUCGAUUUUGGAUGAUAUUCUAGCUGUCACACCAAAUACUAAUAUUCAAACUACAAACACUCAAACCAACAACAUUAAUAACAAUAAUAAUACAAACAACAACAAUACCAAUAUUAAUAAUAAUAAUAAUAUACAAACAAAUAUCUCUAAUCAAACUGAUCAACAACAGCUCUAUCAAUUCAAUGCUAAUAAUGGAAUGUCUGGUAACCAACAACAGUUCAAUAUGAAUUACAACAAUCAAAACUUUAAUAAUUUUAAUAACAACCAAAACUUCAACCAAAACUUCAACAAUAACUUUAAUAGUUAUAAUAACAAUCAGAUGAAUUUCAACAACAAUCAAAACUUUAAUAAUUUUAAUAACAACCAAAACUAUAAUAACUUUAAUAAUUUCAACAAUAAUCAAAACUAUAAUAAUAACUUUGGUGUAUACAAUAACAACAAUAAUAGCAAUAACUAUAAUAAUAAUUUUAAUAACUUUAACAACUUUAACAAUAACAAUAAUCAAAUGAAUUUUAACAACCAAAAUCAAUAUAAUAUGUAUAAUAAUAAUAAUAACAACAAUUAUAUUCAAAAUAGAUACAAUCAUGCUGUUGAUAAAAAAGAUGAAAUAUAUAGUGAUACAAAUGAUUUAGACUAUCAAGAAAGUUUUGAUAGUGCUCCAUUAAAAGCAGAUGACCACUAUAUCUUACUUUGUAUAUAUAUUUUAUAA